GACGUUUUGCAUAAUGAAUGUAAUAAAAUAAUGUCUUCAAAAUAUUCACUUGAAAAAAGUUUCAAAGUACAAAAUUACAACGUUAAAAUUAUUAAAAGUUAACAAAAGCGAAAUCAAAAAUCUAUAAAACUUUUCAAUGGAUUACUUGGGAGAAAGUAUUGCCUUAGGAGUAGAUUCCAUCAUUUUAGCUGUCUGUAUAAGACAGUACUACAAAAAGAAAAAUGCCAUGGCUUUGAUACAAGGUGCUCCCUAUUUAGAAAUAAAUAAAGACCUUAAAGAAAUUGUAGAAACUCAUCCAGACCAUAAGUUAUCUUAUGUAGCAAUUAGGGGUACAGUUAAACCGCUAGGCAAUCCCAUAGUAAGUAAUGCGAAGCCUACAGUCACUGGUGUAGUGCAGGUAUUAAAGAUUAAGGAGCAUGUUAUUCAGAGAAGUACAGCAGGGUUUUGGGCAGAUUCUGAAAGAGUGAUUCAAGAGGUUCACAAUGUUAUGCCUUUCGCUUUGGAAACUAGAGGCAUCCAAAUUGAAGUUUGUGAUCCACUCGGUGCUGAGGUUUUAGAUAUGGAUGUGAUUUCUGAUAAUUUUCACCCAACAGUGCCUAGCGUUAUUGAUCAUAUCUGGAGCUUUUUUGCUGGAAUACGUCAAAGGGGGAUACAAUCAACAGAAAAAAUGCUCCGAACUGGUAGUGUAAUAACAGGAAUUGGAGAACUAGUUUCUGAAAAAGAUGGCAAUCUAAAACUGCAACCACCUACGGAAGGUGAACCAUUUUAUCUAACGAAUAUGGGAAUUCUUUCGUUAUUAAAAAAACUUAAUAGCUCUAAAUCAAACUAUAGAAUUAUGUGUAUUGUGUUUGGUUCAAUCGGUAUAGUCAUAUCGGGUUUUAUAGUUAAAAAAUACUUAAGGAUAAAAUCAGAAAAGGAAAGUGAAGAACAGCAAAGAUCACAAUUAGAAUUGUCCCGGAAAGAAAGGAGAAGAAAAAUUAGGGAUGAAGAUUUAAAUGAGAAUCAAAUUUGUGUAGUUUGUAAGGAGAACCCCAAAGAAAUUAUCCUAUUACCUUGUGGUCAUGUAUGUUUAUGUGAAGAUUGUGCAUUAGGAAUUAAUGAAUUCUGUCCAAUUUGUCGAUCCCACAUCGAGAGAAAGAAUGUUGCUUAUGUUGCAUAAAUAUUAAGUGACCAUUACUGUUUUAUUGUACAUAUAAAAAUUGGUUUUAUUAGGUUUGUUGUUGUAUUUAUAUAAAAUAAAAUUAAAAAUUUAAGUGUAAA